AUGAACAAAAAAGUUUGUUUAAUUUGUCUCGAUGGCUGGGGUCUGUCUACUAAAGAAGAUCCUACGGGCGACGCGAUUUGUGCGGCAAGCACGCCCGUAAUGGACAAGCUCAAGGAAGAAUAUCCUUAUACUACUUUAGAAGCACAUGGCUUAGCAGUUGGCUUACCUGAAGGACUUAUGGGCAACUCAGAAGUUGGACACUUAAAUAUCGGUGCCGGUCGAAUAGUUUAUCAAGAUAUUGUAAGGAUAGAUUUGGCUGUAAAACACAAAAAAUUUCAUGAAAACGAAUUUAUUAUGAAAUGCCUUGAUCGUGCCAAAGAAACGACUGGGAGGAUCCAUUUUCUCGGCCUGGUCUCUGAUGGUGGAGUUCACAGCCACAUUAAUCAAUUAAUUUGUCUUUUGGAAACCGCAAAAAACCACGGUAUUCCAAAAGCUUUUAUUCAUUUUUUUGGGGAUGGUAGGGAUACCAAUCCUCGUUCUUCUGACAAAUAUCUUGAACAGCUUCAAAAAGUCAUUUGUGACAUUAAUUAUGGACAAGUGGCCACGAUUAUUGGUCGAUAUUAUGCUAUGGAUAGAGAUAAAAGAUGGGAAAGAAUAAAAAUCGCUUUUGAAGCUCUGACUAAAGGCGUUGGAGAAAGUUCCGAAGAUCCUUUGAACACAAUCAGGGAACGAUAUUCCAAAGAUGAAACAGAUGAAUUUUUAAAGCCUAUUAUAGUUUGCGAGGAUGGAAUUAUUCGAGAUGGUGACACCCUCUUCUUUUUCAACUUUCGAUCCGAUCGGAUGCGUCAAAUUGUCCAGACAUUCGGAAUUUCUCCUCCCCCAUUUGAUAUCGAAGUUCCCAAAAACCUUAGCAUUACUUGUAUGACAAAAUACAAGGCUGAAUUCCCAUUUCCUGUUGCAUUUCCUCCACAAACAAUGGACAAUGUCUUGGCUGAAUGGCUCGCAAAGCAUAAAAUUCCUCAAUGCCAUGUUGCCGAAACGGAAAAAUAUGCGCAUGUAACAUUCUUUUUUAAUGGUGGCGUCGAGAAACAGUUUGAACUUGAGCAUCGUGAUUUGAUUGAUUCUCCAAAAGUUGCCACAUAUGAUCUCAAGCCUGAAAUGUCUGCCAUUGAAGUUGCUGAAAAAGUUUCUGAGGAAAUAUCUUGUGGAAAGUUCCCGUUUGUCAUGUGCAACUUUGCAAAUCCGGACAUGGUUGGGCAUACUGGAAUAUACCCAGCCGCAGUAAAGGCCAUUGAAACCACAGAUAAAGCCAUUGGAAUUAUUUAUAAUGCUUGUCAAGAACAUGGAUAUAUCCUUUUUGUGACCUCAGAUCAUGGAAACGCCGAACAAAUGCAAGAUGAACAUGGACAACCCCAUACAGCUCAUACUUGUAAUCCUGUUCCAUUUAUAAUGACUUCCAAGGAACAUUCUUUUAAGAAUUCUGCCAAAGGGGCGCUAUGUGACGUAGCUCCUACAAUUUUGGAUGUUAUUUGCUUAGAUAUUCCUAAAGAAAUGACUGGCGUAUCUCUACUAAACAAAUGA